AUGUCUGACGCUGGAAGAAAGGACCUCUCCGACAAGAUCGGCUCUGCUAUUAAGCCAGACUCUCAAAAGACUACCACUGAAAAGUACUCUGACAAGGCUUCCGACAAGCUCGACAAUGCUGCUGGUCAUAGUCAACCUGAAUCUGAAAAAGGUCCAAUCCAAAAGGUUGCUGAUGCUGUUUUCGGUGAUUCCAACAAGAAGGCUUAA